AUGGCAACUUGCUGUCACCCACUGAUCCCUUACAUAUCGCAUUGCAGCAUAUGCCAGCUAACUACACCUGGGGGGCAGGAUGGCAGUGAUGCAGAUUUGGGCUUUUCUCGGCCUCCUAGUUGUGUCCUUUUCAUGGAUCCACAGUGCUGGCAUUUCUAGAGAGCAACCUGAACAGGUCCACCUGUCCUUCACUGGUGAUCCCACCUCGAUGACUGUGACCUGGACAACACUGAACUUCACCCCCUCUGUUGUGGAAUUCAGUGCCCUGCCAUGGCCUGCUAUAUUUAACAUCUCUGUGUGUGGCAAUGCCACCCUUUUUGUGGACGGGGGACCGAUGCAAAGAUCUAUGUACAUUCACAGAGUCUCUUUAAAGGACCUCAAACCAGGACAGAGAUAUGUGUAUCACUGCGGCAGUGAACGCGGCUGGAGCCCGAAGUUCUCUUUCCGUGCCAUGCAGAGCGGUGCUGCCUGGGCUCCACGGCUGGCCGUGUUUGGGGACAUGGGAAACGAGAAUGCUCAGUCGCUGUCUCGCCUGCAGAAGGACACACAGAUGGACAUGUAUGAUGCUAUUCUCCACGUUGGGGAUUUUGCAUACGAUAUGGACAAGGACGAUGCUCAGGUCGGUGAUGAGUUUAUGCGGCAGAUUGAGUCAGUGGCUGCGUAUGUCCCUUACAUGACUUGCCCAGGAAACCACGAGGAAGCUUAUAACUUCUCCAAUUACCGUAACCGUUUCACAAUGCCGGGUAGCACAGAGGGUCUGUGGUACAGUUGGAACCUCGGUCCUGCUCACAUCAUCUCGCUCUCCACCGAGGUAUAUUUUUAUCCUCAGUAUGGUAAGGAGCUCGUGGGAGAGCAGUACCUGUGGCUUCAGAAGGAUCUUCAGGAAGCCGCCAGCCCAUCUCAUCGCUUGGAAAGGCCCUGGAUCAUCACCAUGGGUCAUCGUCCUAUGUACUGCUCCAACAAUAACAAGGAUGACUGCACACAGAACGAGAGUGUGGUUCGCAGAGGACUUCCUGAAGAACAAUAUGGUCUGGAGGACCUGUUCUACAAAUAUGGGGUUGAUUUGGAAAUUUGGGCCCACGAACAUUCCUAUGAGAGGCUGUGGCCGGUGUAUAACUACACAGUUUAUAACGGAUCCAUGGAAAGUCCAUAUACAAAUCCCCAAGCUCCGGUACACAUAAUAACAGGGUCCGCGGGCUGCAGUGAGAGGUUGGACCCAUUCAUUCCCUCUCCCCGAGCAUGGAGCGCAGUGCGUAUAGAAGAUUAUGGAUACACCAGGAUACUUAUUGCGAACAAGACUCACAUACACAUGCAGCAGAUUUCUGACGAUCAGGACGGCCAGAUCGUGGAUGACGUCUGGCUGAUCAAAGACAAUCGUUAACUAGGAUUAAGGACGCUGAUCUUCCCCUCCUUCCAAUAAUUUGUCUCUUCUAUGAAUCAACAAUGAAAAAAUGAGUUUCGUAUGCCUUGAAGGAGGCCCCUGAAACGUAUGUUGCAGUCUUACUCUGUCGAGUGGUAGCAAGCAAUGCCAUGCCGCCACUAGGAGAAUGGAAAAGGCUACGGCGGAGCCUGAUGAUGCAAUCGCUGACACACAAAGCCAUCUCACGAAUGGGGGCCCCUUAUCUGCUCAGUGCUGGGGGAUUCUAGGUCAUCUACCAGAGCCAUAAAUGUAUAAUUUAACUACAGUUUAAAUUCCAAUUCCAAUUAAUUAAUUAUACCGUGUUUCUGAUUUAGUAAAUUAUUUAAUAAAGAUUGUGAGGACAGGCCGGGAGAUGUAUCCACAGAGAUUCUCGAGUGGAAACAUUACUAAGGUGUCACACUGUUCUUCCAAGGGUGGAACAAGCUGAAUUUUAGUUAGAGGGACACACCAUUGCCCAGAUAAAAUAAAAUAAUCAAAAAUCACUGUUUAGUAGAUAUACCACAAAUGAAAACAUGCAUUUAUUUUGAUGUAUAUCUAAAAACAGCUUGCAAAAACUGCAGAUCUCUUGUCUAACCCCGACCAGACUUUCUGUGGCUGUCCAAUCACAGACUUCCCAAUGUAGUUCAAUGAGAAGUCUUUGCAAGGCAGGCCUUUUGAGUUUAUCUCCACUUAGCUAAACAAACCAGGAAGUAACAGGACUGGUUAUCUGAUUGACAGCCAGGGGGGUGUAACAAAGUUCAUUUAUAAAAGUGUGAAUUUCUAUUGAACUAUGAACUUUAUGGAAAAGAGGACACACUGUUCACACAUAAAGCCUUUCGGCAAGCUAAAGUGCUCCAGGAGUCCGGAGUGUCCUUUCAAAUAUGGGCACUGUAUGAAAUUUGAUUGUUCAAUAUUUGCUUCAAUUGCUAGUGAAAACCAAUGAACUUCAAUAAAGUUACUUUACAUAAA